AAUGAAUUUGUUGCCAUGCUUGGAAGAUCCGCCCCCCCAACCCUUUUUUGUUCAAUAUUAUCAUAAGCUGAAUUCGAGAGAACUUUUCUUUUCCCCGUCGAUAAGCGUCAGACAAAAUUUUCCAAUGGCAACUACUUCAGCUCCGGUAUAUCCGGCGAACAGGCCGAUCCCGUUCGAUCUAUUCGUAUCCAAGAAGCACCGUGCUCUUCCUCGUGGCGUCCUUGGAUUCGCUGAUUCUUCCGGGAACAUCGUUUUCAAGGUCAACCGUCAAGAUUCCAAAUCAUCCUUCUCACAUGCCAAGGCUAGUCUCCUCGAUUCCGCGGGAAAUCCUCUCAUCUCUCUCUACCCUCAUAAUGAUGGGUCUUGGCAAGGUUUCAAGGGUGAUGGUGGUGACAAGGAUCUGAUAUUCAAAGUCCAGAGGGUAUUGACAAAGUUCACGAGAACUGAGCUGGAGGUAUUCCUUGUUUCUGAAAAUCAGGGUCAGGGAGAGUUAACUUGUGAUUUGAAGGUCAUAGGCUGCCAUUUCCAAAGAUCUUGCACCAUCUACAAAGGUGAUUCAAUUGUGGCUCAGACAUGCCAUGUCUCUUUUAUGAUUGUGCCCAUUCCAAAUGUCUUCUCUUCACAACCAUAUUUACAACCGCUAAAACAGCUGAAGACGAGCUGAAAUCAAUGCGGAGAAACACAGAGAUGAAUUAUAAAGAAGAAAUUCUUCAUUGCAUUAACUUACAACCAAAGUUUCCAUUUAUACUAAUCUGCUGCCUACUAACAAACUAGCUGAUAUCAACAGCUUGUGAACUAACUUUCUAACACCUUGACAGCAAACUUCUCUACGACAACUAUGGAUGUUUGUCCUAUGUCCAAGUUGGAAAUAGCUAUACUAUUCAUUUGACACUGUAUAGGAACUGGAAGCUAAACUUGGAGAUGUUUGAUUAAUUGUACAACAUGGGACAUGAGUUGUAAUUCCGUAUCGUAUCAGCUCGGAUAAUAAAAUUCAACUACUUAUCCAAAAAAGAAGUUGGAAAUAGCUAUUCCACAUAGGAGAUCUUUGAGAUUUACUGAAGUAGUUUGAUUUUGGCAUCAGGUUCCUUUUCCAUUGUCUUAUUUGGUUUAGAAACUUGUCUCACAUGUGGGAUAUAGGAUACUGGUCGAUGGUCUUUUGAAGAGGAGUGAGAGUUGACAUCUUGGGAUGCAGUCCAAUGCUUAAGUUAACAAAUAUAGGAAUAUGAAUAGGGUUCGGUACCUUUAUUUUAUCUCUAUCUUUUUAUACCUUAAUGCCUUGUUUGGUUAUUUAGUAUAUUAACACAAGGAAAAGCUUAAUUAUUACAUAAGUAUUAAAAUAGUUUGUUAUUACAUAAAGAAUAACUAGUACAAAUUUAAACUUGUAAUUAGAAGGAUGAGUAAAACCCUAGCAAAAAAUAAAACCUCUUCAAAAUAAGUAAAAAUGUUUCCUUCCCUUUGCUGAAAACAAGUCAUGUUGGUAGCUAAAAAUUACCAAGUGAAAUUAGUUUGUUGCUAACUCAUGUACUAAGACAUGUUGGAAAAAUAAUAUUCCUACUAAACAUAGCAUAAAUUCUCCAUCCUUGAUUCCCUGGUAAUAACCAGGACAUGUUCUCUUUCAAUAUGUGUGCACUGCCUAUCUGGCAGCAGCAGGGCUUAUCUUGCACUUCUGCUCCGUCCAGUUAAUGGUAUAACAAUGUUAUUGUUGGUUCCUUGAUCCUUGUUAUAGGCCUCUACUUGAAUCAGGUUACUGGUUCGUACACUAUAGGUUCUUAUGUCGUACUUUCUUUGGGGUACUAGUGCUUUGCAUUUUUACAUUCUAAUUCUAUGCUUUCACUGAUGCAGACCAGUCUUAUGCACAAACUUCGGAAGAUCUGUGUUAGUAGGAGUAAAUUUCGGCUGACCAUGUUUCCUAGCUUAGAAGAUCCUUCUUUGGUUGUUGCACUUGUGGUAAUAUUCUUGUUUAGUGGCCCCAAGAAAUUCCAAGUUCUGGAUAAAAUACCCAUAUCUAUAUGAAGUUAGAAAAAUAUCUCAAGCAGAGGGAACCUUUGAAAAACCCAAAACUGGAGGGUGAGGUGGUUAGUUCUCUUUUAGGUAUUUUAUGUGAUGGUGUUGACUGUUUAGUCUCUGGGGAUCAUGCUGAUGAAUUUAAGGAUUAUUUCUCAAAAAAUCAGGAUGGAGAGGGAGAUGGCAGCCAUGAUGAAAGUGUUUGAUGGUGGGUGGUCGGCCAUAAUUGUGGGAGGAUGGGGUGAAAGAACAAAGACAGAAACUUUAUUGAGGAAGGUUGUAUAAAAGCUGUUUCUGCGGACGGAAAUUGUUUCAAUUUCAAUUAAAUGGAUCAUAUAGGUCCUUUAAUUUAUUUCUUUUGGUCUAAAUAAGUCUUUUAUUCAUUGCAAACCAUAGUUAUUGAAGUUUGAGACUGUAAGAAGAGUGUAGUCAUCUACGGAGGCAAUAUCCCAUGUUUUGCUUCCCUUUCAAUUGAUGGCUUUGAUUAAUGUUUUCACAGUCUGACUCUUAAGAUUGCAUUCUGCCAUCUUUUCGCAGCUAUAAGAUUGGAGGAACCUAGCCUUAAAAGCAAGAGCUUCAGCCACUAGUGCUGACGAAGCGAACACCAGUUCAUUGAUUCCGUCAACAAUUUCUCUGUUGCUGUUCCUAGUGAUAGCAGCAAUACCACUCAUUUCAGAUUGGUUUAAGAAUGCAGCAUCGCAGUUUGACUUUGACAACCUGUGGAAGUGGAUCAUACCAUUCUGGAGAGUCAGAGGCCUUUGAUUGAAGCCUGCUCCUUGAGUGAAGUCCUGAUACCCAAAGAACACCACAUUCCACACCACGGCUCAACUUCCUUUUUUUCGAAUGUCCACCUAUUGCAUGCCUUCUAAAUUCCCCAACUUUCUGUAGCAUUCGAUUUGUCUAAACUGUCAAGCUGGUAGUUAGAAUUGGCCAAUUUCUUGGUUGAUGAGAAAUACCACGAAAAUGGAGUUCUCCUUUAUAGGCAAUUUGAUUGUGUUUUUUCUCAGAGGAAUAUGAAAGUAGACAAAGGGUGUGAGUUUGCAUUUUUAGUUAUAAAAAAUACUGUUAUUUAGUGGUUUAAGGGAAUAUGUGGGGGAGGUUCCAAUUCAAUAUAGAAAAUAAACAAUCCUGACUGCUCCCAUUGUUUCACCAAUUGUUUAAAAUGUUCCUUGAAUUUAAAAUAUGAUAUAAUUACUUAUAAUUUUUUAUAAGAUAAAUAUAUUUUCCUGGUAUUGGAGUUGAGUUUUAAAUUUAAAA